AUGGAAAACACGGAAUGUAAUAGUUGUGUAAAUGACGAAUUCUUACUGCAGUGUGUUGCCAAUUAUAAACCACUGUACGACAAAACAGACAAAGGAUAUAAAUCUAUUUUACAAAAAGAAAAUUGUUGGGCCUCUGUAGCCAAGAGUCUAUUUUGCACAGUUCCUGAAGCGAAAGCUCGAUUUAAAAGCCUUAGAGAGAAGUAUAGAAGGGAAUUGCAAAUAAUAGAAAAACUAGGAAGAAGUGGGGCUCCUGCUUCAGCAAGACCAGUUUGGCCCCUUAUGAGUUUUUUUAAAUACAUAUAUAAAUGCGGUGAAGAAUCCCAGAGGCAUACAACAUCAAACAUUCCUGUUCAAGUUGAUGAAUCACAAGCCAGUCAAUCAUCAAGUCUUGUUAAUUCAGAUGAAGAAAGCAUCAUACUUCAAUUUGAAGAGGAAGAUCCUAAUACAGUUGCAUCAACAAGCACUAUAGAUAAUACACGCUUGAAUGCACCUACACCAAAGAAACGCAAAGGAAAAUCUACAAUGAAACAGAGAUAA